AUGUGCAUAAUAUCCUUCCUGCAUGUCUUCUUCUUUCCAUUGUAUGACAUGAGCACUACUCGAGGCAAUUUGAGAACGUACAUGGAUUUCGAGCAAUCCCUUUGUAUGAAUAACAUAAGAAAAAGGAAAACCUGGAAACAUGGAAGGUGCCCUCGAUAUGGAAUAGUAACUAUAAUGCAAGGCGGAAGACUCGGCAAUCAAAUGUGGGAGUAUGCAUCAGUAUGGGCUUUAGCUAGAAGAACAGGCUUGGAACCCUAUGUUCCACAAUGUAUCAGAGUGAAACUAGACCAACUUUUCGAGCAACUAACUGUUCCAACUUUUGAAGAAAUCGGCCAUUGUCCAGUAGAAAUAAAUUACUUUGUUAAGUCUCUCGAAGCAUGGAAUUACACUAACCAAAGCAUAAUUUUACCGAAGUACUCUAUACAAAUUGAUUUGGUGUUAACAUGGGUCCAAGAUAUUGUUCAAGAGUUCACUAUAAAUAAGAAACUGUUAAAAAAAAGCCAACAAGUUUUGCAUCUAGCCAUCAAAGACUUCCAAAUGAAGAACUAUACGUUCGUAGGUGUUCACGUACGAAGAACCGAUUAUAUUGGGUAUUUGAAGAGGAAGCACAAUACGCAACCAGCUGAACCGAUUUUUUAUAAAACUGCAAUGAAAAUAUUUGAGAAAAAGUACCAAAAUGUCGUUUUCAUUGUGGUGAGUGACGAUCCGCUGUGGUGUUGGAAAAAAUUCGGAUACAAGUCCAACGUGUACGUGGCAAGUAAGCAACAAAAAAAUUCUCCAGCUCUUGACUUGGCAAUAUUAGCAUCCUGCAACCAUUCUGUUUAUGAUUAUGGAACUUUUGGUGAGUGGGGAGCAAUUCUGGCUGGGGGAGAAACCAUUUAUUACAACCUCAGUCAUCAUUCAUCAGCUAGGAUAGGGCAACUCAUGAAAAACUGGCAGACUAUUGAAGAGUACCAACGAAACCACAUUUAA